AUUUUUUUCGGAAGGUCUCUUACAAUAUUGACUCAAAGUUGUUGACAUGUCAGGUCCAGGGCAACGUGAUUUUGAAUCAUCAUCAUUAGGCACUAUUGAACACUGGGAUUCCACUUAUGAAAAAGAACUAGAAGCUUUUAAAGAUAUAGGAGAUGUUGGAGAGAUAUGGUUUGGGGAGGAUAGCCAGGAAAGAAUACUGGACUGGAUAGAGGAUAAUGAGGAAAUAAAAUCAGAUGAUUCAAUAAUAGAUUUAGGAUGUGGCAAUGGAAUGCUUCUUGUAGAAUUGAGUCAGAGAGGUUACAGUAAUUUAACAGGAAUGGACUAUUCUGCUGGUGGAAUAGAGUUAGCCAAGUCUAUCGCUCAGACCAAUAAUGUUGAAAAUAUAAAAUAUGAAGUGGCAGAUUUGAUUUGUGAUGAUGCAAACAAGAAAUACACAUGUCUUGGUCAUACAUAUAAAGUAUGUGUAGAUAAAGGUACUUAUGAUGCAAUCAGUCUGAUGCCUUCAGAUGAAAUACCAGCACGACAAUCCUACCUCCAAACACUGAAGAGGUUAAUGACUAGUGAAAGCCUCUUUAUCAUUACUUCUUGUAACUGGACACAAGAUCAGCUUGUAGAGUUCUUUGGAUCAGAUCUCCAUCUGCAUGAUAAGAUAAAGACUCCAAGUUUUCAGUUUGGUGGAAAAACUGGAAAUACUGUGACAUCUUUGAUAUUUAAAUUAAAAUCAUGAUAUAUGUGCAAUAAA